AUGUUUAUGUCGAGUAUUGGAUUAGUAACUAAAGUCAUUGAUGGGGAUACAAUACGUGUGAAGUUCUACAAGGAUCAAACGAACCUGAAGGGUUUAACUGACGAAAUCAAAAUACGAUUUGCUGGAAUGGACACUCCUGAAUUGAAUGAAACCAACGGAAAGGAACCAGAACGGUGGGCGUAUGACGCAAAGAAUUUCGUAGAAAAAAUUAUCGGCAACACGAACGUAAAAGUUGAAUUUCUUGGAAUUGAUAGGUUCAAUAGAGACAUAGGUAUAAUUCACCUGAUUAAUGGAACUGAUUUGAAUCAAUUAUUAAUUGAAGGCGGAUACGCUAAAAUCUACAAGGGAAACAAUCAACAAUAUGGUAGAAAACUAGCAGAAUAUCAGGAGGCAGAGAACAGGGCCAGAAUGAAACGAUUGCGGUUAUGGCAAUAA